AUGGCAGUGUUUGCUGUUAGCAUGGUUUUAUUCACUGUUGUUGAAGUGUUGCAUCUGAUAGGGAUUUAUGUUUUAAUAAAAUAUCCCAAAGUAAUUUCUCCUAAUCAAAGGGUCUACAUGCUUAACUUAAGUUGCAGUGAAGUAAUUUUAACAGUGGAUCACUUUAUUAUGGAGAUAACAACGAUUUGUUGUGACUCGGAAAUGGAUUCGACUUGGUAUCACACGAUGGUGUGUCUUCAUUACUACUGUUUUUGGAUCGUGAAUUUAUCCACCAUGGUCGCAUUGACCUUCGAUCGGUUUGCUGAAGUUUAUUUCAACAUCAGAUACAAUAUAUAUUUUACACCAUUCAGGACAGUUCUUCUCGUCCUAUCGAUUUGGAUUUUCUCAAUAGUGCUAGCCGUGAUAUUUUUAUGUUUGAAGUUUCUGCAAAAUUUUGAUUAUUUAGUUUUUUCGUAUACAUAUAUCUAUCCCGUUACAGACACUAUAGUUGUGCUGCAUGCGAUAGUCGUAUAUUCGUAUAUUUACAAGAAAUGCAGGGAGAAUCGAAAGAAAAAGUUUAGAGAAGCAAGUUCAUUAACUAUCGAAAACAACAACAACAACAACAUCAACCUUAACAACGGCAUAAAAAGCAAUAGUGAUCAAGGAAAGCAGAAAAAGAACAAUAGCUUCUUUAUUCCAUCAUUAAUCGUGGUCACUUUCAUCAUAUUUGUCUACAUACCAGAUGCCACCUAUUUCAUAUACAUGAAAUUUUUAAACACCUAUCCUGAAUGGCUUGCACUUGGAAGUAUGAUUUUUUACUCCUGUGGAUUUGUGUCAGACGUUUCUAUUUAUUUGCUGUUGAAUAGGAACAUACGACGGAAAAUGUUCGGACGAAACAAAAUACAUCAUUUUUCAGAGAUGCACAAAUCAAAUUGUGCCACUAUUAUCAGAAACAUCUAA